GCGCCAAAUAGCUACACACUAGAAAAAGUCUAGACCCAAGGCAACAAACGCAGUGACAUGUUCGGAUGGGAUCGGAUGGUAACGUGAAAGUCACGGGUGGGCAGCACCAUGUUGGUUUCCAGACCGCACCGCAGCAUGGGCACACUCGGCUGCUGGCUGACUGCGCCGCAACCGUGACGGGAACCUAGCGAGCGAGUUUCCUUAUCUUUGACCCGUUCCCGUCGCCAGGAACGCGCGCGUCCUUUUUUUUUCUCUCUCACCUCUUCUAUCUCUCCAUUCCAUUCCAAUUCUCUCCUUGUUCUCCAUCACCACUCAGUCUUUGUGAACACGUUCAACGUUGGGACGUGGUUGUUUUUUUCUUCGAAUUUGCGACUGCGACUUGCGACUUGCGACUGCUGCUGCUGCUGCUGCUGCUACGUGCUAGCGAGGUGUUGGGACUUUUGCGACAUCAUACAUACCAUUACCAUUACAGACCUAAUACUUACACAACUCACACACCACAAUGGCUACCAAGGAGUCCUUCGCGUCCAAUGCGGCCAUCUUGGCCAAGUUCCGCGAUCUCGACCAGCACGGCAAGAUCAUGGCCGAGUACAUCUGGAUUGACUCUGAGGGCAACACCCGCUCAAAAUCUCGCACUCUCGAUGAGAAGCCAGAGGGCUACAAGCCCGAGGAGCUCCCCAUCUGGAACUUUGACGGUAGCUCAACAGGCCAGGCUCCUGGUGACAACUCGGAUGUUUACCUAAAGCCGGUCGCCGUCUACCCCGAUCCUUUCCGCCCUCCCAACAACAUUCUUGUCCUCGCCGAAUGCUGGGAUGCCGACGGCACCCCCAACAAGUACAACCACCGCCACGAGUGCGCCAAGCUCAUGGAGCUUCACGCCAAGCAUGAGCCUUGGUUCGGCCUCGAGCAAGAAUACACCCUUCUCGAUCUGAAUGAUCGUCCCUACGGCUGGCCUCAGAAUGGCUACCCCGCCCCGCAAGGUCCUUACUACUGCGGUGUCGGUGCCGGAAAGGUUGUCAUGCGCGACAUUGUCGAAGCGCACUACCGCGCCUGCCUGUACUCGGGCAUCAAGAUCUCGGGAACCAACGCCGAAGUUAUGCCCGCCCAGUGGGAGUUCCAAGUCGGCCCCUGCGUCGGCAUCGAGAUGGGCGACCAGCUUUGGCUCGCCCGUUUCUUGCUGCACCGCGUAGCUGAGGAGUUCGCCGUCAAGGUGUCGCUCGAUCCCAAGCCCAUCCCUGGCGACUGGAACGGUGCCGGUCUACACAGCAACUUUUCGACGGUCGAGAUGAGGAAGGAGGGCGGCAUGAAGCAGAUCGAGGCGGCCAUCAAGAAGCUGGAGGGAAGGCAUAAGGAGCAUAUUGCUGUCUACGGCGAAGGCAACGAGAAGCGUCUCACCGGCCGUCACGAGACGGGUGCCAUCGACACCUUCACCUACGGCGUGGCCAACCGUGGCGCGUCCAUUCGUAUCCCUCGCGAGUGCGCCGCCAAGGGCUACGGCUACUUUGAGGAUCGUCGUCCUGCUUCCAACGCGGAUCCCUAUCUCAUUACUGGCAUCAUCAUGGAAACCUGCUUCGGCGCGGUUGACGAUGCGGUUGAGGCCUAGAAGACGUGUCCCUCCAAGACAAAACAGUCAGGACGUUUAAGAUAUGAGGUCGAGAGGCAAGAAGCGUAACAGUUCCGGGAUACAGUACGGACGGAUGUAGAUGGAUGAUAUGAGGGCAAUGAUGGAUUAUGGACGAUGAUGAUGACUGAAACGAGAAGGAGAAGGAAGACGACGAUUCUUGGCUAUGGGUGGCUUGGAGUCGAUUGAACUCGCAGUGCUUUAUUGUCUUUAACAGCGUAGGUCUGGAUGGAUGGAAUGGAGAACAAAGAAAGUUAAACUCAUACAAGGUCGUUGACCAUCUGACAAACGGUCAACAACUUCAACGGCAUGUUGACUGAGCCAUGGAAAAGAAGGACCAAAUGUCGAGUUUCGUGGCAACAGGAAUGAAGGUGGAAGAGAUACUUGAUAGACGCAGAUCGGCGAUAAUGCCGAGACUGGACGGGACGGGACCCCCACGCCCUCCCGCACCCGCCAGGGUUAACGG